UAAUCUCCAAUGCAAAAAUCCAUGACUCCCAAAACAAAGCAAAAGAAACUCUUUAUCACAAUCUUCCAUAAAACACUCGAUCUUUAUCAAGCAACCCAAUCAUCUUCAACAACAAUCCACUCCAAAAACUUAGUUUCAAAAUCUCCAAAACCUCCAUUUUCCAACGUCGUAUCACUCACCAUAUUUCCUUCGUGAUCCCUUUGAAAAAGUAGUUCGCAUUUUAUGGUCCUUUCCUUCUCAACUUGCACCCUUUUCUCCAACCCUCUCUCUCGAGCUCUCCCCUGUAUAAGGAGCACUGGUUUUCUUCUUUUUUUUCCCGGUUAAAGCCCGAAAGGGUUGCAGUGAUUCAUAACAUGGAUGGUCAUGGCUAUCACAGAGAGAAAAACAAGAAAGAAGAAUCGGACGAUGAUGAAGAAGAGGAAUAUGAAGUGCAAGAUUUCAAAGAUAGGAUAAAAUCUUCAAGAGGGAGUCGAUUUAAUUUGAUAGAGAAGGAGUUUGGACUCGUUAAUAAUAAUGGUGAGACGUCGAUGACAAGUUGGAAGAGAAAACUGAGUCGUGAAUCGGUCAUUAAUGGCCUUCGUUAUGUCUCCUCAGGUUUCGUUAUCCAUCCUGAUCAUAAUAGGUGGUAUCGAGCAUGGACAAAAUUCAUUCUAUUAUGGGCAGUCUACUCUUCCUUCUUUACACCAAUGGAGUUUGGUUUCUUCAGGGGAUUACCUGAGAACCUCUUCAUAUUGGACAUUGUUGGACAGGUUGCUUUCCUUCUUGAUAUCAUCUUACAAUUCUUCAUUGCCUACAGAGAUAGUCGGACUUAUCGUACGGUCUAUAAGCGCACUCCUAUUGCUCUUCGGUAUUUGAAAUCUCAUUUUAUCAUUGAUUUGCUUGCUUGCCUGCCUUGGGACAUCAUCUACAAGGCUAGUGGACAUAGAGAAGAAGUGAGGUAUCUCUUAUGGAUUAGGCUAAGUAGGGUGCGGAAAGUAACUGAUUUUUUCCAAAAGAUGGAGAAGGAUAUACGAAUAAAUUACCUUUUCACAAGGAUUGUAAAGCUCAUAGUAGUAGAGCUCUAUUGCACGCACACGGCGGCCUGCAUUUUUUAUCAUUUGGCUACUACUCUUCCAUCUUCUCAAGAAGGGUAUACUUGGAUUGGAAGUUUGAAAAUGGGUGAUUAUAGCUAUACAAGCUUCAGGGAGAUUGAUAUCUGGAAGCGGUACACAACAUCUCUAUAUUUUGCCGUCAUCACUAUGGCAACUGUUGGGUAUGGAGAUAUACAUGCUGUUAACUUGAGGGAAAUGAUAUUUGUAAUGAUCUUUGUGUCCUUCGACAUGAUUCUCGGUGCUUAUUUGAUCGGAAAUAUGACAGCAUUAAUAGUAAAAGGUUCAAAGACAGAAAAGUUCAGAGAUAAAAUGACAGAUCUCAUCAAAUAUAUGAAUAGAAAUAGACUUGGGAAGGACAUCCGAAAUCAGAUCAAAGGCCAUGUUCGCUUACAGUAUGAGAGUAGAUACACUGAGGCUUCUGCUCUGCAGGAUCUCCCCAUCUCUAUUCGUGCAAAGGUUUCCCAAACUUUGUACACAGAAUAUAUCGAAAAGGUUCCCUUACUUAAGGGUUGCUCUGCAGAAUUUAUUAAUCAAAUUGUCAUCAGGCUUCACGAGGAGUUUUUUCUCCCUGGAGAAGUAAUUAUGGAGCAGGGAAAUGUGGUAGAUCAGCUUUACUUUGUCUGUCAUGGUGUGCUGGAAGAGGUUGGGAUAGGGCAGGAUGGAUCAGAAGAAACUGUCAAACUCUUGCCAACUAACAGCUCAUUUGGAGAAAUUUCUAUCCUUUGCAACAUCCCCCAGCCUUAUACUGUUAGAGUUUGUGAAUUAUGUCGGCUUCUACGGAUCGACAAACAAUCUUUCUCAAACAUACUUGAAAUUUACUUCUACGAUGGACGCAAAAUUUUGGACAACCUUUUAGAGGGGAAAGAAUCUAAUCUUCGAGAUAAGCAAUUGGAAUCAGAUAUUACAUUUCAUAUUGGAAAGCAAGAAGCUGAACUUGCUUUGAGGGUUAAUAGUGCAGCUUAUCAUGGAGACCUUUAUCAGCUGAAGGGCUUCAUCCGAGCAGGAGCUGAUCCCAAUAGAACAGAUUAUGAUGGAAGAUCACCCUUGCAUCUUGCAGCAUCUAGAGGUUAUGAAGAUAUCACACUUUUCCUUAUUCAAGAAGGAGUUGACAUUAACAUCAAAGAUAAAUUUGGAAACUCCCCCUUGUUGGAAGCUAUAAAGAAUGGACAUGAUCGAGUUGAGUCUUUACUUUUUAAACAAGGGGCUAUCUUGAACAUAGAUGAUGCUGGUAGUGUUCUGUGUAGAGCUGUUGCAAGAGGGGAUUCAGAUUUUCUUAAGAGAAUUUUGUCCAAUGGAAUUGAUCCAAACUCUAAAGACUACGAUCAUCGAACUCCACUUCAUCUUGCUGCUUCAGAAGGAUUAUAUUUGAUGGCAAAGCUGCUGAUAGAAGCUGGAGCUAGUGUUUUCUCAAAGGACAGAUGGGGCAACACUCCACUUGACGAGGGCCGGAUGUGUGGGAGCAAGAAAUUGAUCAAGCUGCUAGAAGAAGCUAAAUCUUCUCAGAAAUUGGAAUUCCAUUAUAGUGCCCAUGAGACCACAGAAAAAGUACUCACAAAGAAAUGUACAAUUUUCCCUUUCCAUCCACGGGCAGAAGAACAGAGAAGACCUGGAGUGGUGUUAUGGGUCCCAAGCACCAUGGAAGAGCUUGUAAAAGCAGCAUCAGAGCAGCUACAGUUUCCUGAUGGUUCUUGUAUAUUGUCAGAAGAAGCAGGUAAAAUUCUUGAUGUAAACAUGAUUGAUGAUGGCCAGAAAUUGUAUCUAACUAGUGAUCAAACACAUUAAUCAUCUUGAAUGUUGUACAGUAUUGUAGCCUAGUUUUGUAUCAUCUCUGUAUCUGAGUUCUUGUUCCUGCUGCAUGCCUACAUUCAUAGAAGUUGAAUAAAUGCUUCUCAUAUUCAUUAGAAUUUCA